CCUACUGGGGGGGCAACAGAGGAGACGGAAAGAAAAUGCCAUGCACAAGACUAAAUAGACACUCGCUAGGACCUGGAGGAGUGCUGGUGGGUGUUCCAGAAGUGACAGAAAGGAGAACGAGCACGGAAGUCAAAUAUCUGGUGAUGGCUCAGCAGGCCGGGGCUGGGCGCAGGUAUAUUCGGGCAUUUGUGAGCGGCUUCUUCGUGGCAGUGCCCGUAACUGUCACUGUUCUGGACCGCUUUGCCUAUGUAGCACGAGUAGAAGGAGCCUCAAUGCAGCCUUCCCUGAAUCCUGAGGGGAAUGUGACAGGUUCUGACGUGGUGCUCCUGAACCGCUGGAGUGUGAGGAACUACCAAGUACGUCGAGGUGACAUUGUGUCAGUCCUGUCUCCCAAGAACCCCCAGCAGAAGAUCAUCAAGCGGGUCAUAGCCCUUGAGGGAGACUUCAUCAAGACGCUUGGCUAUAAGAACCGGUAUCUCAGGGUCCCUGAUGGCCACUUUUGGAUCGAGGGGGACCAUCACGGCCACAGUCUGGACAGCAACAGCUUUGGACCGGUGUCUCUGGGGUUGGUCCACGGCCGUGCCUCCCACAUCAUCUGGCCGCCCAAUCGGUGGCAGAGGAUCGAGCCGUCCCUCCCCCCUGAGCGGAAGCCCUUGUUGAACUGGCACGGGGACACAACAGAGGAGGAGGACUGAGGAGAGGCCUGCUCAUGGCUGUAUACAUACUGUACCUACUACCUACACUCUCUCUCUGUCAUACAGUACAUGUGAACAUGUCAUAAUCCUUUGAUGUGGCACAGUUAUGAUAUCUGGAUCAGAUACCCAUUACCCAUACAGUUGCGGCCAAAUAUAUAGGCACCCUUGCACUUUUCUUAAAUAAUUGCCUAUUUCUUCUAUAAUAAGUUGAAAAAUAAAGUUUGGUCUGCACACCUUGUUUUUGGGAUAUUCAACAUUGCAGAACCUAUUUGGUUUUUGUAAAUAUAAGUUUAACAUUUUUAUUUUAAAAAUAAAGACCAAUGGCAUGGAUGCAAUUAUUGGCACCCUGGAGCUAGUACUUAGUUGCACAGCCUUUGUCCAAGAUAACUGCCAAGAAAUGCUUAUUGUAGCACACUUCUACUGUAUUCACCUCUCGCCAUAGGUUAUGAUUCAGAUCUGGACUCUUCACUGGCCACUCCAGAACAGAUUUCUUCUUGAUCCUUUCCAGGGUGAUUUCUAUGUAUGUUUGGGGGUUGUUGUCCUACUGUGGAAGCCAGUUUUUGGACACUGGAUUGAACAUUGCACUCCAAAGCACCCUUGAUAAUCUGCUGAUUUCAUGUCUUGCACACAUUCAAGGCGCCCAGUACCAGAGACAGCAAAGCAAUCCCACAUCAUUAUUGAACCUCCUCCAUAAUUGGUUUUAGUCGUUGGUAAACAUAGGAAGACCCCACUGCUGAAGGAGACAAGUAAGCCUGAUUGUACUUCUCAAAAACACACCUAAACAAGGCUAAAUCCUGUGGGGGGGGAUGCUCUGUGGGCCAAUGAAACAAAAUUAGAGCUCUUUGGCAAUACAGAUCAGCGUUCGGUUUACGGGUCAAAUUAAGCGUUCAAUGAAAAAAGAACCCUCCCUACAAUGAAAGAUAAGGGAGGUGUAAUCAUGCUGUGGUGUUGCUUUGCUGCCUCUGGAACUGGGGACCUCGAACGUGCACAAUCCAAUGUUCAACCCAGUGUCCAAAAACUGUGUCUCCAUUGAAGGUUGUGUCUUCCAGCGGGACAAUGACCCCAAACACACAUCAAAAAGCACCCAGGAAUGGUUAAGAAGAGAUGUUGGACUGUUCUGGAGUGGCCAGCGAAAAGUACAGCUCUGAAUUACAUCCAAAACCUACGGCGAGGUCCAAUAUGCCCUUUACCCAAUAUGGCGGGUAAAGGGCACCUAUCAAAUGUUGAAUAAUUACAGCAGUUUGCUUCUGAAAAGUGGGCCAAAUUGCUAGUAGAAAGGUACAGAAAGCUCAUUGAUGGUUACAAGAAGCAUAAACUUAGGUUGACAAAAUAUAUUUUUUUAAUGUCAUCUUAUUUUAGAAGAAAUAGGGAAUUAUUUAAGAAAAGUAUGAAACUGUAUGUCUGUGGCCAAUUGUAAAAAAUAUUUUUAAAACAUUUUGCAACCAUGUAAUGUGAACAACUGAACGCUGAGAUAUAUAUUUGUAUGUUGUGUUAUCAGAAUUUCAGACUAGUGCAGUACCAUGUUAUUAAAUGUAUGGAAAUAUUAAACUAAAACUGGUUGGGCUUUGAAGGAGCCUGUGGCAUGAAAGGCUGAUUGAAACUACCUCGAUUUAUAGAUUGUACACUUGAUACAGUUGAAGUCGGAAGUUUACAUACACUUAGAUUGGGAGUCAUUAAAAC